CAGUAGGGUGGCCGCUCCCGGCCGCGUGCGGCGCGAACCUCGGCGCAAGCGCCAAGGCUCUGGCAGUUGGCCGACACGCCACUGCGCAUGUAUGUCAACUACAUGGUGGGUGCUGGGGUUGAGGCGUUCAAUUAACAUCGCAGGCACCACACUGUUGGUGUUCAGAUGGAGCAGCAUACUACUCAUCCUUCGAACAGAAAAGCCAAAGAGGAAGGUAAUGCUGUGCCUCUUUGUCAAGCGAAACCCUCCCCCAGCUUUAUUAAUCUUCAAGCAAGUUCCCCGCCAGCCACUUUCCUGAACACCCAGACAACAAAGUUGCGUUCAGGAGUUGACCACAAGCCCAAGGAAUGCAUAGGACUCCUAGAAUGUAUGUAUGCCAAUCUCCAGCUUCAGACCCAGCUUGCCCAACAACAGAUGGCUAUUUUGGAAAAUUUACUAGCAUCUGUGACACAACUGGCUACUGGGAGGGGAAGCAAGAACUCUUCUCUCCCAGCCUUGUCUCGCAAUCUGUUGUUAAAUCACCUGCCCCAAUUCAGUAAAUGAAUUGUGGACAAA